UUUUUUCUUUCUUUUCACAUUUUAUUGUUGGUAUUUUGGUAUUCUCUUUUAAGUUUCUCUCUACUCUCUAGAUUUAGUGAUAUAAAUAGGUUCGAGACGACGGAAAUACAUAACGACGUAAGACUUUCUGCUAGCAAAAAUUUAUAGCAAGUUUUGUGGUAUUGUUCUUCAAAUAGUUAUAGUAAAUUAAAGACGUAUUUACUUUAUUACUUAGUUCUGUAUAUUUCAAGCGAAUUAUACAAUAGUCCCCACUAUGAAUUAAAGAAGUUGAUGUACCUGUAGAAAAUAUUUUUGAUCAAAGGAUGACAAGAUACAAGGAAACUGUGUCGCUCGAAGAAUUAGCUUUAGUAAAGCUUGGAGAAUGGAUAGCAAAACAGGCCGAAAAUAGAAUGUAUCCUACUGCCUUGCUUGCUCAACAGAAUCCGCAAGAAUCGCAAAUAAUAUUGAAUCAGUAUAUCGAGGCCGUAAGAUCUUAUUUAGACAUCAACGUGCCAUGGAUGCUCCAUGACAAAUUGGCUAAAACAACAAUAGCAUCAUUGUCAGAUCUCAUUGAGAAAACCAAAUCCUCAUUAGGAUUUCGUGGUUCUAUGGCAAAAUUCGUCAGUCAGAUGAAUGUUAUAGUGAAAAUGACAGAAGUAUUAUUCACGAAAAAUUUUACCUAUGUUUCUAUAGACAACAUACCGAAGAUGAUGCGCGCCGUUUUUUACACUAAACUUCACAUGUUAACAGGUCUUACAUAUUUAAAUUUAGGAUCUCUUUCUGGAGGCUGGAAGACUGCGGAUAUGGAGGAGUCCAUCAUUCAAGCUUUAAAAGGAUUACACAGCCUAAAAUAUCUUUUUAUAAAUUACGAUUGUACUGAUAAUAUUCUAAGGUGUAUUGUAAAAAAUUGUCCCAAAAUUACGAAACUAGAUGUAUCUUGUUCAAAAUCCAUAACAAACCAAAGUAUCGACAUUAUUAAUAAAUUUAAAAAUUUGAAAAGCAUUCAGCUAUAUCAGACUUUCGUGACGUGGGAAGGCUAUGUUAAUUUACUGAUUAACUGCAACACCUUAGAGGACAUAGGACGUUGCGAUGAAAUUGGCAAAGUAUUAGAAUUUAUUCACAACAACUGCCCUGAAGCUUGUCCAUUAAAUUUAAGGACGUAUGUAAGCAGAUAUGCCACUAGCAAUCACUUGCAAUUAGCUGUAACAAUGUGCCCAAAUAUAUGUACUAUGACAGUAUUUCACAAUACAUUACAGACUGAUCUGACUGUAUUAAUGGGUCUAAAAGAGCUUUAUGAUUUAAAACUUCUAUCUUGUGAUUUCUAUGCAAACCAAAUAAAACAAGUUCUUCAGGUCAAAGGUUGUAACAUACUCAAAUUACACCUUGAGCAUGUUGAUCAAAUAGACUUAAAUGCAUUAAUGUAUAUAAGCCAAAUGUGCCCAUUUUUAGAAACAUUAACAUUUUAUAAUUGCACGUUAAUUCAACAUACUUCAUUGUAUACAAAAAAAUUAGACAUUUUGCCUUUCAGAAACCUUAAAAGGUUAACAUUGGUAUCCAGUUUUACAGAUGAGCAGUUGUUGUUUUUGUUAACAAAUUGUUUAAAUGCUGAAUUUAUUCAAAUAGGGACUGCUGUUCAGCUUACAGAUGAAUUUUUAAUUAAAAUAUUGGAUAAAAACCCAUUGAUUUACUUAAAGGAACUUCGAAUCAUGCAGUCUGACUUUUUAACAAUGCUCUCUGUGGAUAAAAUAAUUCAAAGUUGUAUGAGUUUAGAGAUAUUGGUUGAAUUAGAGAGCUGGACUCUUUUGAAUGAUACUGACCGAGAGUAUGUAAGAAAUUAUAUCAAAAUUAAUAACUACAAUGUUGACACCACUCCCAUUCGGAGAUAUGAUUCAUAAAUGUAAUGAAAAGUGUUAUAUAAUAUUUAUUAAAUGAUUGAUUUGACCAAAUUAAUACCAUCAUAUAGCAACAGUCUUAAGCCCUUUAUUAAACUAAGUAAUAUAUGAGUGUUAUCUGCACAACAAUGUAUAUAGGGUAGUGACGGCAACACACUAAGUUAACCUUAUAUUAAAAAAUGAUAUCAUAGAAUAUUGAUAUAUAACUAUGGCUAGAUAUUGUCAAAUGGCGGAUACGCAACCAUAAUAAUAACUGAUGUAUUCAAAUUUAAUAGUAGAAUAGAAAUUUUGUUGUUUGACAUUUAGUGACAAAACACAUUGAAAAAUUUACAACAUAUAUGUAUUUGUCAAAUGUCAUGGUAAGGUGGUUUUGUUUAUUUUAAUUUAUUUUAUGUAAAUCUAAUCCAUUUCAUACAAAAUAGUAGCUUUGUCCCUUUGUUCCCCAUAUCCUAUUUUUCUUAUAUUUCUCAUAGUAUCCACAUACAACUACAAAAUUUUCUUUAAAAAGGGUAAGAAGUUUUAUCUUCACAUGUAAAAUUAUAGAUUCAAUUAUUAUAUUAUAUACCAACACUACUUAAAAUGUCUUCAAUGUCAUAGUAAUAAAUAUAAUUACGUCAUGUUAUAAA